AUGAGCCAAGUUGCCGUCACGAAAGAAGACCAAGCUCUCUUAAACGAGUUUUCCGUUCUUCAUGCCCGUCACGCGGUGAUGGAAAUGGACCAGAAAAAGUUGAAAACACAGCUGGAAGACGUUGUGGACGCUACAAACGAAUGUGAGCUUUUGGACGAGGACGAUGUUGACGAAAUUCCCAUGUACAAAGUAGGAGAUGCUUUUUUCAAGCUUCCUCUCGAUAAGUUGAACGAACAUCUUGAACAAGAUCAAGAACAACUCAAUAAAGCUGUUGAACAACUUGACGAGAAAAUGGAAGAAGACAUGGUCCGCAUCAAGGAGCUGAAAACGCGUCUCUAUUCCAAGUUUCACGAUCAAAUUAAUUUGGAUUAA